AAAAUUAAGAGUGAGUUGCUUAUAAUUUUUAAAUGAUAAUGAAAAUUUAAAAAAAAAAUCAAAAAAUGAAACAAUUCGUUGUGGAUAGUGUCUUAGAAAAAUGUGCAGUGAAAAUAAGGUUCAAGGUUUUCUAAAAUUUAAAUUUUACGAACAAAAUCCAAGGACUUCAGAGGUGAUGUUUUGUGAAAAAUGUUGAGAGUUAGAGUAAAAGAGAAAUCAAUAAAAUGGAAAAAUAGCGGUCCCCUGCUUUCUUCAACACAAAAUCAAAAAAUUUUAACGAAAAUCGGUGUUGGAGGAGAGGAAACGAAACCUAGCAAAGGAUUCAACAACAACAACAACAAUAAGAUGAAGCCCUCACAUACCGGCGUAACUACUACGACAGCAUCGGUAUCGGCAGCGGCUGCGGCAACCUCGAUGGUGACAACAAACACUCCGACUCCUAGCCGGGGGGCUUGCGAAGGUCCACCGCAGCUCCAGCACCAGCACAAGAUAAUUCCGUCGACGAAGGUAUCGUUUGCAUAUGCUGCGCAGUGUUCUGCCGACGAAAAGAUGUCCUCAUCGUCCACCGAUGAGAGUGACGAUCUGUUGGAUGCAGUUUCCGAGGAGCUGCGGAACAUCCAAUCGGUGAUUCAUGUGACCAGAGAGAACAUAGACGCAUUGAACGCAAAGUUCGCGAACUUGCAGGACCCUCCGCCGAUGUAUGUGACAGAAUACCAGGAGUUGACCUCCAAGCUGCACGAACUCGAGAGCAAGGAACACGAACUCAUCGACCAGAUCAAUGCUCAACAGGACCAUCAGUAUGUGCCCGACUAUCAUGAACUUCACGCUCAUGUGUUAAACGCGGAUAUAAGACCACCCAAAAUCCUUCUGCGUGCACAUUUACCCAAUCAGCAAAGAACAUCUGUUGAAGUCAUUCCCGGAGUUCGACUGCGAGAUGCUCUAACAAAAGCACUCAAGUUACGUAAACUAACCCCAGAUAUGUGCGAAGUUGUGUCGAGCCCAAAAACCGGCAGUGUACCUAUAUCAUGGGACAUAGAUCUUGGUUGUUUGCACAUAGACGAAGUUCAUGUAAACGUACUGGACAAAUGCCCAAUAAUGACGCAUAUAUCACAUCAAUUCAUACGAAAGACAUUCUUUUCGCUGGCUUUUUGUGAGGGAUGUCGUCGCCUCUUAUUCACUGGAUUCUAUUGCAAUCAGUGUAAUUUUCGGUUUCACCAGCGCUGUGCUGACAAAGUUCCGACCUUGUGUCAACAAUUUCCUAUGGAUAAUUACUACUACCAGAGACUACUGGCUCAAAAUCCCGAAAAUACAGUUGGCAUUUUACAUCCGGGGAGUGGAGUUGCAUUAGGAUUUCAUAAUCGCCAUCCUCGUACGAUAAGUCAACAAGAUCGAUCGAAUUCGGCUCCCAAUGUGUGCAUAAAUAACAUUCGACCGCUAACAGAUGCCCAGAGGACUUUGGCAUCACAGGCGCGGGGACCCUUGCAGGUAAAUCACAUAAACAAUGAUCAUUCACAUUCAACACAGGCAUCACCGACAAGUACACUCAAGCACGUGAAACGGGCUAGGGCACGCUCAGCAGACGAAAGCAAUAAAAAUCUUCUAUCACCUAGAGAUUCCAAAGGCUCUGAAGAGAAUUGGAAUAUCCAAGCGGAAGAAAUUCUUAUCGGUCCGAGAAUAGGUUCGGGUUCCUUUGGAACGGUAUACAAAGCGCAUUGGCAUGGUCCUGUGGCUGUGAAGACGUUAAACGUCAAAACACCUAGUCUGGCGCAGUUGCAGGCAUUUAAAAAUGAGGUUGCUAUGUUGAAAAAAACCCGUCACUGCAAUAUCCUCCUCUUUAUGGGCUGUGUAAGUAAGCCUUCGCUGGCGAUUGUCACACAAUGGUGCGAAGGCAGUAGUUUAUAUAAGCAUGUGCAUGUAAACGAAACAAAAUUCAAGUUGAAUACGUUGAUUGACAUCGGGCGCCAGGUGGCCCAGGGAAUGGAUUAUCUUCAUGCCAAGCAUAUUAUCCACAGAGAUCUCAAGUCAAACAAUAUUUUCUUACAUGAAGACCUGUCCGUAAAAAUAGGCGAUUUCGGUCUGGCUACGGCGAAGACGCGAUGGUCGGGCGAAAAGCAAGCCAACCAACCUACAGGAAGUAUUCUAUGGAUGGCUCCAGAAGUCAUCCGGAUGCAGGAACAAAAUCCCUAUUCAUUCCAAUCAGAUGUUUACGCCUUCGGCGUGGUGAUGUAUGAACUAUUGGCUGAAUGCUUACCCUACAGCCACAUCAACAACAAAGAUCAGAUUCUGUUCAUGGUCGGACGGGGUCUCCUUCGACCCGAUAUGACGCGAGUCCGCUCCGAUUGUCCGCAGGCUUUGAAACGUCUCGGUGAAGAUUGCAUUAAAUAUGACCGCAACGACAGACCGCUGUUUCGGCAUUUACUUAACACACUCGAAAACAUGUUGCGCACAUUGCCGAAGAUCCAUCGCAGUGCGAGUGAACCCAACCUCACACAAACCCAACUACAGAACGAUGAUUUUCUAUACAUGUGUCCGAGCCCAAAGACGCCUGUGAAUUUCCACAAUUUCCAAUUCUACAAUGGCGCCGGCAACAUCUAGCGGUAUUGUUUCCCAGGCGAUCUGCAAGAAUUGGUGGCAGCAGAGACAGCGGCAGAUCGUAGUAACUUCAAGAGUGCCAAUUUCCGAACAGACUAUAACUUCUGGACUAAGGUCAUAGCUUAGAACAGAAGUUACAUCUAAAUCACGUUUAUAAUCCAUCAAUUAAGGAGAUUUAAGACCAACAAUAGAGACUUAACGCAAGCACACUGUAAUAUUUCUUCAACUACAUUUAUGUAUUUAUUUUUGUUUAUCUUUUAAUUAUUAAUUUUUUGUAUUGUUAGCGUC